AUGUCGUGGCGCAGUCAAGGCAUCACCGGUAGCAACAACAUUCCUCUUGGUAACCGUCGCAGGUUUGAGGCGAAGAUGGCUCACCCGCUGCCGAGGAGAGCUACAGCAGCGGCCCCGUCGAAGGCGAGAGCCUCAAGCGCGGUCGCAGCCCUGUCAGAGCUCAACCCCGACGGUACCAAGAAGAGAAAGAAGCGCAACCGAUGGGGUGACGCAACCGACAACAAGGCCGCUGGUCUGAUGAACUUGCCCACCGCCGUCCUUGGAAACAUGACAAGCGAACAGCUCGAUGCCUAUACACUGCACUUGCGUAUUGAGGAGAUCAGCCAGAAGCUGAGGAUCAACGAUGUUGUCCCAGCCGAUGGUGACAGAUCACCCUCUCCGCCUCCGCAGUACGACAACUUCGGUCGCCGUGUCAACACUCGCGAGUACCGCUACAAGAAGCGCCUCGAAGAAGAGCGCCACAAGUUGGUCGAGAAGGCCAUGAAGACCAUCCCUGGCUACCACCCACCUUCUGACUACAGACGUCCUACUAAGACACAGGAGAAGGUCUACGUGCCUGUCAACGACUAUCCAGAAAUUAACUUCAUUGGUCUACUCAUUGGUCCUCGUGGCAAUACCCUAAAGAAGAUGGAAACAGAGUCUGGUGCAAAGAUUGCCAUCAGAGGCAAGGGCUCCGUCAAGGAAGGAAAGGGUCGAUCCGAUGCCGCACACACCAGCAACCAGGAAGAAGACUUGCACUGUCUCAUCAUGGCCGACACCGAAGACAAGGUCAAUAAGGCCAAGCAGUUGAUCCACAACGUCAUUGAGACGGUAACCAUCAACCAUCUAGAGUGGCUGCGCUACUUGAUCGAACUCGGGCUAACACCAUUGCAGGCCGCUUCCAUUCCCGAAGGCCAGAACGAGCUCAAGCGCAACCAACUACGUGAGCUCGCGGCUCUCAACGGUACGCUCCGUGACGACGAGAACCAGGCAUGCCAGAACUGUGGUCAGAUCGGACACCGCAAGUACGACUGCCCCGAACAGCGCAACUUCACCGCAAACAUCAUCUGUCGUGUCUGUGGCAACGCUGGUCACAUGGCCAGAGAUUGUCCCGACAGACAGCGUGGACAAGAUUGGCGCAACAGCGACCGCGCCGCUCCUGGAGCUCCUGGCCGCCCUGCUGGUCAACUCGAACCCGCCGAUACCGAAUUCAACAACCUCAUGCAAGAGCUGGGUGCUGGUGGCGCCAUUACUGGAAGUGCAGCCCCUGCUCGCAUCGAAGCUGGUGGAUAUGGCGAUGACCGUGGAGCUGCCAAGCCCUGGCAGCGUGGACCUACAGGAGGUCCUGCUCCCUGGCAGCAAGGCGGUGGCGGCGGCGGUGGUGGUGGUGGUCGCGACCGCGAUGGUGGCAGCUCAGGCGGACCUGCACCUUGGGCUGCUGGAGGAUCCGGUGGAGGCCGCGCAAACGACCAAUACGGAGGAUACAGCGGUGGACAUUCUUCAGGCGGGGCAGCUCCAUGGCAGCAGCAAAGUCAUGCAGCACCUCAAGCUGGAUAUGGAGGUGGCUACGGCGGUUACGGCUAUGGUGGUGGAGCUCCAGGCUAUGAUCAAGGUUACGGUCAGGCAGCAGCACCCGACAUGGCACCCUGGCAACAGCAAGGCUAUGGAGUGGCAGGAAGCCCCCACCACCUCCUCCAGCUGGCGAUGCUCCUCCCCCUCCCCCUCCUCCUUCUGAGAACCCACCACCUCCUCCCCCACCAGGCGCUUAGAUGUGCUGGACACAGGGGACAAACAGGAAUAGCUACACUA